GACACCAUCGAAUUCGAUUUGGAUAUUCACGACAGUGAUGCAGACAGUGAUCAACCGAUUGCACGAUUCAACCGAAAGAUUGCCAUCACUAAAAUUGGUGAUAUCGAACUUCGACUCGGAGUAGAUGUCCGGUAA